AUGACCGAAGAAAAGAACGACGGAAAAAAAGACGAAAAUGAACCCGCCGAGUCUUUCCCGACGCGCGCGUUCGACGUCAUCGUUCUCGGCACCGGUCUCGCGGAGUCCUUGAUCGCGUCGAGCGCGUCGAAGAUUGGAAAAAAAUCCGUUUUGCUUUUAGACGCGAACGACCACUACGGGAACAGUUUCGGCACUUUAACAGAAGCUCGCGGUACAGAUGAAACUCUAUUCAAAGGAUGGAGCGUGCCUGUGUGUUUGACACGAUCUGGUGCGGUGUUGGAAACGCACGAUGUCGUGACCAUUGACGACGACGAAUGUCUUCUCGCUUCUCUGCGUCGUAAAUUCAGUGUAGAUGUUGCCUUCAAGUUUUCCUUGGGCGACGACCGGUUGACCGAGGAAGUGUGCAACAGCGAAGCGUAUAAGUAUUUAGAAUUUAAAACGUUGGAAAAGAGUUUUGUUUGCGUGGGGACGAGCGAUGGAAAAACGAAUGGUAAGAAGGGAGAGUUUGAGUUCGUUCCGGUCCCGGCGUCUCGGGCGGAGAUAUUCGAAAACGCGCGCCUCUCUCCGACCGAGAAGAGAGGUUUGAUGCGGUUUUUGAAAAAGGCCAGAGAUGUGGCGUUGGAAGGUACGGGAGUGAAUUACGGGAGAGGAGACGAUGCGAACGCGCCUAUUGGUGCGCCAGGGACGGAGUAUACAUUGGACGCGGAGAGAGAAGAUGAGGGCACCUUUUUUGCGAACGAUGGCGAUAAUAAUAGUAGUAGUAGUAGUAGUAAAAACACAUCCAUGAAAGCGUUCUUGAUGGAGUCGCCAAACGACCUUUCCGAGAUUACAUCCGAUGCAGUCGCGCAUUGCGUGAGUUUUUGUCCGAGCGUGACAACCAAAUUGCGAGGAAGAGCGUCGGAGAUGUUGAUAACGUACAUUCGUUCAAUGGGAAAGUACGGGCCAGAAACGCCGCAAGCUGGUUUAAUUCCGCUGUACGGAUCUGGAGAGGUUGCGCAGGCUUUCUGUCGCGUGGCUGCGGUGAGCGGUGCAAUCACAGCGUUGCGUCAACCGAUUAAGAAAAUAGAGAGGAAGAACAGUGAGAGUCACAUUGAAGUUCUCACGAAAGGUGGGCGAGUAUUGACGUGCAAAAAGCUCGUUUUGGGAGAUGCGCAAGGCGAUAUAGAAAUGGUUGGUUUCGCGAAUGACGAAAUAAUUACUCCGAAUCGUCGCGAAAGCUCAAAGUUUUGCAUCAACAGAGCUGUGUUGGUCACAAACCGGUCUAUGGUUGGCAGUGACGAAGCUCAACAUCGCGUGUUCGUUGCAAUACCACCCGCCGCGCGUCCGGGAAAAUUGUACAAAGACGAGGACGAAUUCGUCUGCUUCGCGACGCAGCUCGAUUACUCGUCCAGAUGUUGUCCGAAAGACACGUUCAUCGUUCAUCUUUGCCAAAAGUCGCGACGAACGGUACCGCUUCAAGAUGUUUUUGCAGAUAUCCUCGACAACAUUUUUUCCAAGGUGAAACAAAACGGAGAAGAAACGAAGAAACCAACCAUUUUGUGGGGCACCUCGUACCGAACGCCGGAUGUCGACGACGAUAUCGUCGAGAGUUUCAAAAGCGACGACUUCGUCAAGUUUCCAGGCGCAGACUGCAACGUAACUUUCGAGGAGACCGUCCGUCUCGCGCGAAGCGCCAACGGUUGUCUUUUUGGCGACGACGCGAACGCCUCUUCUCUUUCCUUUGAUACUCUUCCGCUCUUUCCGAAAGCGCCGCAAAAGGGAGAAGAACGCGAAGAAGAAGAAGAAGUCACCGGCGAUGGUGAAACCAUCGACUUGAACGAGGACGAAUACGCGUUGCUCAGAGACUUAUGA